CAAUCCAGGCAAAACGGCCUGGAAGCUUCAUACAGGAUAGUGUCCUUCUUCGAAUGAUCUGUUAUAUUAACUUUCAUUUUGGAUCGGAAUCGAUUUUCGUUCUCUCACUCUCUUUUCGGCAGAUUCUGUUUUGAAGUUUUGGAAUUCCACAUCAUUUCAGUUCUUCGUCCCUUGUUUGGAUUUUUCACUUUCCCAGACAACCAAUUCAAAUAGGAAUCGGAUUUCCCUACAAUGCGAAUGAAAAUCUCCCAUUUCUUAUACUUGUCAUUCUCUUUCAUAAUUUUCUUCUUCGGCCAUCUCACCACAUCCGACCCUCAAGCCAAUCUUCUAAACAAGGGCUACAGCCAAUACAACGUUACGAGCCCCUCUGCCUUCAUCUCCAACCUCAAUUCCACACUCGCCGAACUCCGGUCCCAGCUCAACUCCAACCGAUUCGCGAUAGCUCAGCGUCCCGUUUACGCGCUCUUCCAAUGCCGGGCGUAUCUCUCCACUACGGACUGCAUCGCUUGUUUCGACAAGGCCCAGUCGCAGAUCCAGACCUGCUUGGCCGCCAACGGGGCCCGCGUUAUCUACGACGGAUGCUUCCUGAGAUAUGAGAGCAACGGAUUCUUCGACCAGACGACGCUGCCAGGGAACGUUGGGCUGUGUGGGAACAAGACCACGGCGUCGGGAAGUAGCGGUUUCGUAGAGGCUAUUGACGGGCUGUUGACGGAUCUUAGUACGGCAGCGCCGAGGAUGGAGGGGUAUUUUACGGCGGCGAGGAGGGGAGGGGCAGGGGCUCCUAUCGUGUACGGGGUGGCGCAGUGCGCACUGACGGUGAGUGAGGGAGGGUGUGAGCAAUGCUUGAAGGUGGCGUAUGGGAAUGUCGAAGGAUGUCCGCCGGAUGCGGAUGGGAGGGCUGUGGAUGCUGGGUGCUUCUUAAGGUAUUCCGACACGGCGUUUUUUAGCGACGACCAGGUGACGGAUCUCACGCCUUUCUUGAGGACUGGAGGAGGUUCAAGCAAGAAGAAGAAAGCGAUCAUAGGAGGUGUUGUUGGAGGAGGUGCAUUUGUUCUGUUACUUCUAUUAUUCAUAUUUCUUCGACGAUCAAAGCCUAAGAAGCCACAGAAAGGAGACAUAUUAGGGGUGACGGAGCUGCAAGGCCCAGUGAAUUAUCACUACAACGAUCUUAAAUCUGCCACGAAGAAUUUCAGUGAAGAAAAUAAACUAGGAGAAGGAGGGUUCGGCGAUGUGUACAAAGGUGUUCUAAAAAAUGGGAAGAUAGUAGCUGUCAAGAAACUUAUGAUAGGACAGUCCAGGAGAGCAAGGGCAGACUUUGAAAGUGAGGUCAAGCUCAUAAGCAAUGUUCAUCACCGGAAUCUUGUCCGUUUGCUUGGGUGUUGCAGUAAAGGCUCAGAACUGCUGCUUGUUUACGAGUACAUGGCAAAUAGCAGCCUCGACAAGUUCUUAUUUGGCAACGGACGUGGGUCCCUCAACUGGAAACAGCGAUUCGAUAUAAUCGUUGGUGUCGCUCGGGGCCUUGCAUAUCUGCACAAGGAAUUCCAUGUCUGUAUCAUACACCGAGAUAUAAAACCCAGCAAUAUACUGCUUGACGACAAUUUCCAACCCAGAAUUGUGGAUUUUGAGUUGGCAAGACUACUUCCAGAAGACCGGAGCCAUCGUAGAACUAAAUUUGCAGGAACAUUGUGAG